AUGCUUUCUUCACAACCUUCAUCCAUGUUGACGGCUCAGCCUCAUCAUCAGCUUGCUCUUGUUUCCGAUAUGAAACAAUUUUUACUUGGAAAGGUUGGAAAGUUAGGAAGCGAUGAGGAAUAUAUUGUAUCAAAUGGUAGCAAUAACAGUCAUCAUUGGGAAGGAAAAUCGUUUUCGGAAUUGGUUAAAAUUAUUCUUGAUCAUGUUUCAUUAUUUUCUGAUUCCGAUAUCCAGAGAUUGGUGAUUCCAUAUAUUAUCUUGUAUAAAAAGAAGAAGAAGGAAACAAGUCUUGUGGAACGUUUUUGUUAUUUGGUGGAGGCUAUUUGUUCUCAUCGGCAUUUUCCGAUUAUUAUUUCUAAUUUAUUAAUACCCUUGUUGAGUGAGAGGGAUUUUUAUGAAUAUUGCUUGAAAGAUGGUUUUGAGGGAUCGAAAUUAAGUACAAGUAAUAUUGAGCAUGAAUCGUUGGUGAAAGUGUUAACAACACUGCACGAGAAGGUUACCACUUUGUACUAUGCCAAUGAUAGUGGAAACUUGACACAAAAUAAUAAUAAUGAAGAGUCAAAGAAAAAUAGUUUGAUUGUAGAGUUACUUGAUCAAGCAUCUCAGACAACUGUGUUUAGAGAAAAUGAAUGGAAAAAAGAGAAUGUUUAUGCACGUACGAACUCCUCUCUAUGGAGGCUCCCUACAUUUUUUAAAUCAGAGUUGUAUAUCAAACACAUCAUUCUCUCAUUAGACUUUACCGCAACACACAACGGAAGGUUUCAAGAAGGAAAUUCUAACAGUUUGAACAUUAGCACUCAAUCAUCUUUGCACUCGUAUAAUAUUACGCUUUUAUCUGACUUGAUUACUCAAUUCAACAAGAGGGGGUACAUGUCCAUUUGUUGUGACAUACUCACGGAUUGGUAUUGGCAAUGUCAUAGCUGUCUCUCAUCAUUUUUCUCAGCAAUGGAGCAGAAAAAUAAUAUGCAUGCAUUGAUUAAGGAAUUUGUGUUAAAAAUUCUCUCAAAUGACGUUUCUAAAGAAGAUUAUGACCACUUUGUAAAUUUCAUAUCUGCAAUGAUGACUUCCUCCAUUGUAUGGUAUGAUUGCAUGACAAAUUCCAUGAUUCUCAAGUACACUUUUGCAGAGUUGGUUGUAAAUAGAAAUAGAUACAUUUUUGUGAAAUUAUUAAUGGAUGUAGCUUUGAAAACAGCUGAGACCUGUAAGGACAAACCUUUAUCAACUGUAACGGAUUUUAUAAGCGCAACAUGGAAGACUCACUUUUUCAGCAUGCAAUCCAAUGUUGAACAGCAACUAUUUGUAUCGUAUUGUCUAGCUGGAUUAAUCUCAAUAAUGACCAAACAAGAAUUUGAAAAUUCAGAGACUCUCAGAAAUUGUAUUGAGGGCAUACAGCAACGACUACAUUCCUCAAAUUUUCAUAUAAGAAGGAGUUGUGCAUUGAUCUCACUUCAAAUGAGCAAGACCAUCAAUCCAAAACAGAGUCCAUUGGUGCUUUUUGACGAUUUGAAAGAUUGUCUCAAUGAAUUUCACAGCCAUCUUUCUCAGUCUAUUUCAGCAAACGCAGCCUCUUCGAUUCGAAAGCAACAUCCGUCUGAAGGUUUGUCCAUGACAACUGGCGUGAAUGCUCUAAACAACAAAAAGCAAGCAAAAAUGUCAUCCAACAAGAGGGAAAAGAAAGCAUUCAAUCCUAAUGCAUUACUCAUUGAUGACGAUGACGAGUCGUCAGAAGAUGAGCAAGCCGACAAUGAAGAACUUUCUGAUUCUACCUCUGUUGAAUCAUUGCAAUCUCUAGAAAUGUCAGAUGACGAGGGAGGUGGAAAUGAUGAAAUGAACCCAUACAAACCAUACUAUGUGAGAGAUUUAAUCGAUUUUCUAUUUGCCAACGAUCAAGACAAGGACCAAAUGUUGAAAAUUGAAGCAGCUCUCAAGUUUGCAGUUCCUGUCAUUGAAAAGACAGAUCCAAAGAUACUUCAACUCAAUGCUGUACAUCUUUGUACGGCCUUAUUGACUUGUAGUGAAACUCAUAUUCAUAACUACUUUACUUAUCGAAUGGAUGCCAUGGUUUCAUUGUUAACAAAGAGUUGCAUGUCCAUUGUGGAUUUACAAUACGACAAACAAGAUCAGAGAUUCAUUGACUUUGAAGAUGAGACUGUGCUAUUGUUCCUCACAACCAAGUUUUGGUCCAAUCAAGUCACUCAAGCGCAACGAAUUGAUAUUUUAACAGUACUCGUUAAAGCGGCCAUCAAUUUAUCCAAUAAUAAUUCAUUGGUCAGUCCUCAAGAUUUGAAUUCAUCACAACUGAGAAAGGAAGCACUGGAUCAAAAGUCCUCGCAAGAACAGAGCACAUCAUCUCUCCCUCCACCACAAUAUCCUCCCAAUACCAAAAGAUGGGGCUCUGCUCUCAACCCUUCGAAAAGAAAGCAAAUAGAGACACGGCCCAAUUACUUUUUGCUGCACGCCAAUCGAUUUUACUACAUGCUCUUGAGAACCAAGUCAAAAGUUUCAGAGACUAUUCACAUCAUGUUUGGAGAGGAUAAUUUAGUGCUCUCCAAAAUUGUACAUACAUUGGGGGUUUUCUUGUUUUGCUGUGGAACCAAUCCAGCACCUCUCGUAGCUCAACAAUUAGGAAAGAAUACUCUGGAAUUUUUAUGGACCUUGAUUUUGCAUUGCAAGGAUGUUUCCACUUCAAAUAAUCUAAGAUUGAGCGUGCUAGGAACAUUGAAUACAGCCAUUUCAUGUUGCACGUCUACCAUUUUGCUUGAGGAGCUACUGGUGGAUAUUCAUCAAGUGUUUGAUUGGCUCUUAAACACAAGCGACAAUGACAGUCACUUGGAAUGUAGGGAAAUGGCCAAAAUGGUCCUAUCAACUCUAUCAUCCAAAAUGAAGAUUUAG